GUUAUGGUCGCUGAUAGCGCUCGACGGUAUCAAGCGGCAAGCACGAUCAUUCGUUCGUGUGUCCCGAGGAGACGCGACGUGUAUCUUGUCGAGAGGUUAUGGUCGCGAUGGGCGCAGCGGAGAAUUCCAUCAUCAAGAUCAAUAAGUGGGACGGCUCAGCCGUGAAAAAUGCCUUGGACGACGCGGUCAAGGAUGUACUCACCAAGAAAUACAGCUACAUAGAAAAUUUUGCUCUCCUCGACGGGAGACUCUUCCUCUGCGGGGUCGCUGUCACGAUAGCCAUCGUGGCGUUGUUGUGCGAUUACUUGUAUCCGUUCCCUGCGUCCAAGCCUGUUUUAAUAGCCUGCGUCUCCUUCUACUUUCUUCUAAUGGGACUCUUGACUCUGUAUACGACCUACAAAGAGAAAGGCAUAUUUGUAGUUGCGGUUCAAAGAGACCCGGCAGGUUUCAAUCCCGACAUGAUUUGGGAGGCGAGUUCCUAUUUGAAAAAGUAUGACGACAAGUACAAUUUGGUGUUGUCAGUCAGGAGCGCGUCGAUGGGGGUCUUUAAUGAGAUAAGUGUAACCAAAUCUGUCGCGAAUUUCAUCGACGUUAACGGUGUGGUGAUACCGGAAUUGAUAGAGGCCGUGGUGAUGGGCAUGCAUGACAGCCUGACGUCGCAGCGCAAGGAGAAGUAGCGCAGAAGUUCUGAACUCUAACCAGUAAAGCUAUUUUUUCUCUCUCUCUAAACUGAAUAAGUGUUUUCGUCUCCUCUGAGACUGCGCACGUUCGUCGGUGCUUCGGCCGCGCAUUAAGGUAUAUGCAAUCCAAUCUCGUGUAACGAUGUAAAUAACACGUAAAAAUAAGAAGCCAAGUAUCUCGCAUUUAUGUAUUGUAAUUAUUAUACUCUACCUGAAAUGAGAACGGACAUAAAUCUUUUUCUAGACACAAA